GAUUAGAUUGACCACUGCAUUUUUUAUGUUGAGCCUUGAGGCCAGAGGCCAUUAUUAUAAACUAAGGAGCCAGCGCGCUGCGUAUUUUAUCCCUGAUUCUGAGCCGAUUAAGAGUAAAAAAGGAGCCCGAGGACGUAUUUUCAAUAAGAGUAAUGGUGUGAAUGUGAGAUCAUCAGAAGUGAGCGAUGUCUGUCUCCGUGUUUGGUAUGAUAGUGGCCGGCCGGCUGGUCAGCACCGAUUUCCAGGCGGUCGAUGAGACCCACUUUGUCAUCAAUGUGCCCGAGGCGGACAACAUCCGGCACAUCAUCGUGUUCCUGACGGGCUCACAGCCGCUGCCGGACAACACGGCCGCCGGAGUGUACUUCAGCUGGCCGGAGCCCAACUCUCCGCCCACCUGGAUCUACCUGGGCUUCCUCUCCAACAGCAAGCCGUCGGCCGUGUUCAAGGUGGCGUCGCUGAAGCACGGCAGCGGCGCCGCCACCGUACCGUCCGGCCUGGUUCAGCAGUUCUCGCACAAUGCCCAGGUGGGCAUCGCCGUCGAGCCGGAGGUGCAGGUGGCGGGCCUGACGCCUGCCGCCGCCGAGCCCUCCACCGUGCCGUCGUUUGUCGAAUUCGUCCAGAAGAUGCUGCAGAACUUUGUCAACUACGCGACCAGCUUCAGCGUGACGCCGGCGCAGAUGGCGGUGGCUCCCAACGAGAGCUAUGUGCCGUUGAGCGUGGUGCAGCGCUGGUACGACAACUUCCAGCGCCGGCUCGAGAUGAACCCCAACUUUUGGAAGUCGUGACCGGGCGCGGCCGGCUGGCGCUGGCCGGACGGCGGCUGGUGACUGGGGCCGGACCGCCGCUCCGUCCUCCCGUCUGUCCGGCGGCCGGCCGAACGCCCAGUGAGUGGGGACGGGCCCGGCCCGCCCGCUGUGUCUGCUCCGCGCGCGAGUGAGUGUGUCGCGGUGCGAUGGUGCGGCGCGCGGCCGGCAGCGCGCUGUGACGGACGCCCGUUGGAUGUGAGCCGGCGAUGAACCCGACACUGCUGCUCUUGGCACGCCAGAGGAUCGAAAUGGGAUAGCUUAAAGCAAAGGUACGUCCUGGAUGCAAUGUAGAUAGAAAUAACAUCGAAAUGAAGGAGAGACACGGUGUCACCGAAAGGUUUCUUUGCUGAAGACCUUCUCAUAAAUAUCUUAUUGCUGAAAUGCCUCAAGAGAUCUUCAUGAACUUGAGUUGGCUGUGUUGCUCGUUUUGCAUAGUUUUGAAGUUUAUACAGAGUAGCAUGUUUCUUUCGGUGUACACCGUACAGGUGUGCUUGAUAUGGGACCGACCGGCAACUUUCUCUGGCAAUGCGGAGGCGGUUUUUGUGUUUCUUUUUUAAAUGCUCUUUAUACAAUAAAGCUCUAACGCCUG